UCGGAAAGUCUCGUUUACUUUCACUUUCGAUUUACAACUUCCGGGCAGCAGACGAGAUGCCGCUAUGUUUUGCAUUCGGAUGCAAUCAUAUGACAGGGGCGAAAAGAACGUGCAGCUUGUUUAGAUUUCCAACAAAUCCGAAGGAAAGGAAUAAGUGGAUACAGAGGUGCAGGAGAGCAGAUAGAGCCUAUACCGCCAACGACAGGCUGUGUAGCUGUCAUUUUAAGGAUGGUGUAAAGGAAAAUGGACCAACAAUUUUUGCUUAUAGCAAAAAUCUUGGUUGCUUUCCAGACCAUUCUAAGCCAAAAAGACUUAGACUUGUUGAAGGAGAAAUAGAAGAGAAAGCAAAAUCAAACCAUGAACACUGUAAUGAUGCUCCAGAUUCCUUUGAAGAUAGAACAGGUCCUGUGGAAACAUUGUCCAAAGAUGUGCAAGGCAGCAACACUGAUCAUGAUCACUGCUAUGCUGUUUCUUUACCGGAGACAUCAGAGGAAAGUGUAAAUGAUUUGGAAGAAAAAGUCAAAGACCUCCAAAGAGAAUUAGAAUCUCUAAGAUUAAGAAAACAACCUUUUACCAUAAGAAACAUAAUACAAGACCCAGACAAGAUGCUAUUAUAUACAUCAUUUCCCACCGAGGUAUUCAAUGUGUUGGUCAAUGUUUUGGAGAGGAUGCGUCCAUUUAACUAUUUCAGUGGAUGGACAGUACAAGGAUUUAGUACCAGUGACCAACUCCUUAUGACCCUUAUGAAAUUGCGUCUGAAUCUCAGGGAUCUAGAUUUGGCGGAAAGAUUCAACACCAGCAAAUCUACAGUAUCCAAUAUCUUCAAUACAUAUGUUGCAGCGCUUCAUGAAAUUCUAUUCGAAGGAGUGAUGAAAACUGUAGGAAUACCUUCCCAGUUAAAGUGCAAAGGAUCAAUGCCAAAAUCAUUCGAGGAGUUCUCCUCGGCAAGAAUCGCUAUGGAUGCCACAGAGAUUACCCAGGAUGUACCCUCAAAUAUGAACAGCCAGUCCUUAUCUUAUAGCAACUAUAAAAGUCGCCAUACAGCAAAGGCUGUUACUUGUGUAGCACCAAACGGGGCACUUGUGUAUUGUUCCGAACUCUAUCCUGGUUCCACCUCUGAUGCUGCCAUAGUCGAUCAUUGUGGAGUUUUGGAUAUGUUAAAGCCAGGUGACAUGAUCCUUGCAGAUAAGGGGUUUAACAUUUUCGACAAACUUCCAUCAGGUGUAACAUUAAACAUACCACCUUUCCUUUCAUCAAAAUCUCAUUUUACAAAGGAAGAAGCACAGUUAUGUUACAAGAUUGGGAGAAGUCGAAUUCACGUGGAGCGUGCAAAUGAAAGAAUCAAGAACUACUGUAUUCUAGACCAUAUACCUUCACAAUACAGACAUUUGUCCACAAAGAUUUUUCAAUUAUGUGUGGCACUUGUAAAUUUGCAAUCUCCCCUACUGAAGGAAAUAGCCGAUAAAUAUGAAAUUCCUAAUUAGUGUAAUUCUGAGCUUCAGACCAUGUCUUAUACCAUGUCCAAAGAUAUCUUUGCUUUGACAUUUUGCUUAGGCCUAUAGUAAAUUUAUUUUUUUUUAUUUAUUAAUGCCUCAAAGUUCAAAAUAUUUUAUAAUGUAAAUAUUUUGAAACACCUCUUCCAUCUUGUCAAAUGAUGAACACAGGUGUUGGAAAUAAUAAUCUGGGGCAGAGUGUAGAUAUAUGUAGCACUUGUUAAACUUUUGCUGUACACUACUACAUGAAUGAUGAUGUGUAG